AUGACCAUUUCGUUUGCGAAUGAAAUUGAUGGCGUCGUGUACCCAGGAGAAGUAAAAGAGAAAGAACAGGCCAGAAAGGCAUUCGAAAAGGCGAAAAGAAAAGGACAAAGUGCUGGUCAUGUUUCUCAGAAGCCACGAGACACGAAUACUUUUAAAGUGAGUAUCAACGUAGCAGCCCUGAGCAAUGUGACAUUUGAACUGCGCUACCAGGAGCUUCUUCGACGUCGCUUGGGGACCUAUGAGCACGCGGUUUACGUGAACCCAGGACAACCAGUGAAAGAUAUGAUGAUUGAAAUAUUCCUUACCGAGUCUCAGAGGAUUACUUACUUCCGCGUACCUCCACUUAGAACAGAAAAUGCUGCAACAGGCAUCGACAACGCAGCAACCAAUCCCGAUGCAACAUGGACGCGCCCAACUCCCAAAACCGCAAGUGUGGUUUAUCGGCCCGCUGAUGACACGCAGAUUGUAAAUGGCGCCUUUCUUGUGGAAUAUGAAGUUGACCGCCAGCCAGGAAGCGGAGAGAUACUUGUAAGUAAAGUAGAUCUAUCUAUCUAUCUAUCUAUCUAUGUCAGUAUUUUCAAUUUCUGUACCAACAUUAACUCUGCUUUGGUUUCGGGAAUUGAUAUGCUGAAGAAGUCACAAAGUGAUGAGUUUGGAUCAAGAAGUGGCAUUGUGUAUAAGUUUGUGACACCUGUCACUUCAAUGGUUGUAAUUAAACCGGAUGAGGAGGAACAGGAGGAUUUUGGACAUACCACAAUGCCACCAACUACAACUACAACUACAAGACCAACUGGUGAUCCUCAUUUCAUUGUGGAUAUCAAUGGGACAAACAUCUGUUUCGACAUUUUAGGCGAGAAAGGAGACAUUCUUGAUCUCGUUAUAGACCCCGUCAAGCAUAUCCACGCCCGUGCAGAAAUAGUGGAAGGCUUGAGAUAUUAUCGAGAAAGUAAACAUCUGAAAACUUACAUGGGUCGAAUUCUGAUCAACUCUCCAGGCGCCAUAUUUGAUAUUACUCCGCACAAGAUCAUCUAUAAUGGUCAGGAAUUGUCUUGGAAGAACGAGACACUGCUGCGUACAUUACCAGCCCGCGUUCUCAUCAACGGAAGGGGGCGUGACUUGAUUAUCAAAUUGGGAUUGGGUCGUCAUUUCUUUAUACAACGCUCAUUGGCCAAUGGAAAAGGCAAGAUCGAUUACCUGGAUUUCUUUGUCAUCAGUGGCAAAGGGUUCUCCCUGGAAACGACCGGUAUUUUAGGUCAAUUCAUCCACGCCGAAGGCCAUAUGAAAAAGACUCACCGCAAUCAGAAAUUAAUGGCGCACAAUAAAAUUCUUCUCGAUAAACCCUCCCUAAUAAGGGAGCCAUAUUUUAAUUAUUUAUCUAAAACUGGGGACAGUACGCCAAAAGAAGCAAAGCAGAUAUUCUCUUUCUUUUUCUUUUCGGCAAUGAUUAAGUUUCUAACUUAA